AUGGAAUCCACGAUCAAGCAUGCUGUGGUGGUGAAAGUUAUGGGUCGGACUGGAUCUCGAGGGCAGGUGACUCAAGUGAGAGUCAAGUUUCUGGAUGAUCAGAAUCGUUUCAUCAUGAGGAAUGUCAAAGGACCAGUGAGGGAGGGGGAUAUCCUUACCUUGCUCGAGUCUGAGAGGGAAGCCAGAAGAUUGCGUUGA